UCACCAUUCAGCGGGCUUGGAGCCGACAGUCCCCGGGAAGCCCCACACGCUUAGACUUCUGGGAGUUGUAGUACUAAUUCAAUCAGAGUUGGAACCAUGGCGGUGACCAAGGAGCUCUUACAAAUGGACCUGUACGCGCUAUUAGGUAUUGAAGAGAAGGCGGAGGACAAAGAGGUGAAGAAGGCAUAUAGACAGAAGGCCCUCUCCUGCCACCCAGACAAAAAUCCGGAUAAUCCGAGAGCAGCUGAACUCUUCCACCAGCUUUCUCAGGCCUUGGAGGUACUGACCGAUGCUGCCGCCAGGGCUGCGUAUGACAAGGUCAGAAAAGCCAAGAAGCAGGCGGCAGAGAGGACCCAGAAACUUGAUGAGAGAAGGAAGAAAGUAAAGCUUGACCUGGAGGCGCGGGAGCGGCAGGCCCAGGCCCUCGGCAGCGAGGAGGAGGAGGAAAGCGGGAGCGCCAGGACACUAGAGCAGGAGAUCGAACGCCUGCGAGAAGAAGGUUCCCGGCAGCUAGAGGAACAGCAGAGGCUGAUCCGGGAGCAGAUACGUCAGGAACAGGAGCAGAGGUUGAGAGGAAUGGCAGAAAAUCCUGAAAACAAAGAAACCCCCAAGCUAAAGCUCAAGUGGAAGAGCAAGAAGGAAGCUGAGUCACAAGGCGGCUAUUCCAGAGAUGUCCUCCUGCGGCUUUUUCAGAAGUACGGAGAGGUGCUCAACCUGGUACUUUCCAGUAAGAAGGCAGGCACCGCUGUGGUAGAGUUUGCAACCGUCAAGGCUGCGGAGCUGGCUGUCCAGAAUGAAGUGGGCCUAGUCGAUAACCCUCUGAAGAUUUCCUGGUUGGAGGGACGGCCCCAGAGCGCGAUGGGCCACCACCACCCAGGACUGUCCCAGGGCUCGGUGGUGUCCGAGAGGGACUACGAGAGCCUCGUCAUGAUGCGCAUGCGCCAGGCAGCUGAGCGGCAGCAGCUGAUUGCCCAGAUGCAGCAGGAGGACCAGGCUGGGCAGCCCACGUAACCUCCUGCCUCCAGCCCUCCCCUCCUACAACCCUUUUCUUAAACAUCACCAAUAAACUUUCUGUUUUUUAAGA